UCAUAUGGAAUCUCUAUAACUUUUCUCUACAGCAAGAAAGCUUCUACAUUUUUUAUAUUAUAUUGUUUUCUAUACAUUUUUGUUACAAUGGAGACUACAAGUGCUCCUUCGAAAAUCCUGGAGCGUGGCCCAGACUAUCUUCGCAGGCAAAUGGAGCUGGAGAAUGAGACCAAAGUUGGGUUGAGUGCGGUGGAGAGGCUUGCUAUGAGUAAACCAAAAUACGUCAAAAGCCAACAAGUCAUCAGUACUACCCAAGAACCAGUGAUCUCCAUUGGGUCAGUGUCUGUUAGUAGUAAUGGGUCAUCCAGGCAGAGCUCAAAGGGAAAGCUUGUGAGUAACCUACCAGUGACUAUAAGCGGUAGUCCUUUGCAAAGUGUUUCACCGGGACAGGUACGAAGAUCGAGCUCAAAAACCCGUCCUGAUUCUCUGCUCCUAUACAGACAGAAGUGUGAUUUAAUAAAAGCUUCAGCCAAUGACCGAAGGCACCACAUUUUAAGAAAGUUACAGAGCAAAAGCGUGCAAGAGUCGGAAAAGGACAAAAUUCCCACACCUGAGGGCACGACACAGGAAUGCACGGUGAAUGUAGUAGCUCCCCCAGAUGAACAGGAUGGCAUGGUUACGAAAAGAAAUAAAGAAAAUUCAAGUUUACUCACCGUUCAUGAUGCCCCAGAAGAAUUCAGAAGAUCGGGCAAAGGAGUCAGUCGUUCUCAUUCCGACAUCAGCUCAAGAUACUCUAAAAACUUUGCGGACUUUGAUGCCUUUUUUAAAUACUGUGGACUGGGCGGUGAUGUUAUUGAGAUGGUGGGAAAGGAUAAUUUUUCAGUACAUUCAGAAGAGCUGAAGGAGCAUAUUAGAAGUGUUAGUGUGUCCAACUCAGACGAUGGUUUCUCCAGAAGCAGUGGAGGCAGUGAUGGUCUACAGGAGGAUGAGGUGCUGGACAAGUUUCGGCAGCAGACAUCUGUCAUUGAGAGAAAUGCGAGGAUAAUAAAAUGGUUGUACAGCUGCAGGAAUGCAACAGAGACUGGGAAGAAGCUACGAGACCUGGAGUGACAUUUAAUAGGAAUACUCUCUGCAAGAAUUUAUUAAGUAUACAGUUUUGCUCUUGGAAGUUAAAAUGUCAUACUGAUGGGGUUAUUAAUGUGUUUAUAUAUUUGGUUGUAGAUUCAAUCAGCUUUUAGUUCAGACUCAAGGUGGUCCAUAAGGAUAUUUAAAAGGAAGACAUUUAAAAACAAAACACAAACCACAAAUUCAUCUUGUACAUAGUCAUUGUGCAAUAAGUAUCCCACCUCCCAUUUUUUGGGGUAAAAGAUGAACAGGAAAUAUAGUGACAUAGUGCACUUGAGUAAUGUUCAAAUUACAACCUAAGAAAGGCCUUAGUUAAGUAAUAGGUUUAAUAAUGUGCUGGCUGACAAAACCAAUUUUUUUCCACUUGAUUCCUUCCUUGUUGUCUACUUCCACACUGGCUGUGUAUUGUCUGUUUCCUUGAAAGAACCUUUUAAUCAAAGCUCAAUCACUGCAACCUGAGCCUGAGAAGAACAAAAGAGUAUUGUUGACUGAAUGUUAUAAACACACACCCUACCUGUAUUGUUUCCACAAAUAAUUUUGUAUUGAAAACCUAUUUUACGCUUUGAUAAACAAGUGUAAAAAAGGCACUCCUUUAAGUUGCACUGAUAGAACAAAACAAGACAAGUUCAGGCAUGCACUUAAUUCUUCAAAAGAAUCCAACAAGAGCAUGUCUACAUUACAUUUAGCACUUCUUACCUCCUGGGGUGUUAUUAUGAUGAUCAGUAUGUGAGUCAAAUAGGUGUCUUGGGAGCUAAUCAUCUUAUUUUUUAGUUAGUCAUAAUUUUACUCAUAUUUAUGGCCCCACAAUUUCUACCAAGUAGGCCAAAUUUAUUGACAAACUUGCACAACACUGAAGACAGAAUGAAGAUAUUUUGGAGAGGCUAUGUAGCUCUAUAGAGAUUACACCAAUCUGGGGGAUUUUUAAAAUUAUCUUUUUUUCAAGUUUUUUUUUUUUUUUUUCAAGUUGCUGUGUCCCUAUGAUCUCAAUUUUACUGCUACUGCACCAUUGAUUUAUACUGAAGUGAGUAUUGUUACAGAUACUUGGAAUUGAACUGAUGUAACAUAUAAAUAUUUAAGAAAAUCCACUAAACUCUACUGAAUAGUUUGGCAAUUAUAUUUUAUAAAUUAUAUCUUCUGUUCCCCAGGAGGGGGCAGUGUAAGCAAGCUACUGUUUCACAGUCCAUACACUACAUCACUCAAUACCAUGGUCCACAUAAAAAGAGGCCACAUAAAAACUUCAGUGGCAUUAUCCUGUGAUAUUUUGUUGAACUGUUACAUCUGUUAUGAUAUAUUUUUGUUUGCCUUUGGAAAUUAUGAAGAAUAAACAACAAAAUAGGACAUUUACAGUAUAGCCUAUAGCAGUGGUGUCAAACUCAUUUUGGUCCGGGGGGCCGUAUCCAAUCUACUUUGAUCCCAAAGGGGCCGGAUCAGAAAACUCAUGGCAUAUAAACCCCAAAAAUAACAAUAAGUUCAAAUAUUUGUGCAGAGAAAUGCAAAUCUAUUACAGAAAUCGUUUUUAAUUGAUGAACUCUUUAUUAUAAUAUUAUAAUAUUAUGAACAAUCUGAAACUUUAAGAAAAAUUCAAUUUCAACACAAUGUUUUAACAUGAACUUGUAUGCAAAUAGGAAUAAGUCAAUUUUUCUCAGAAAAUCCUGCACUCAGCGUCCACUUUUCUUAUUUUGGACAUUUUGUUGAUGAGGGUGUCACGGUCAACAGUCAAAACGAUCACCCUUUAAGAGCGUUUGGAAAGAGGCAAGUCUUCAUUUGUGCUGCUCUGGUGGGAGGGGCCACGUACAGAGACGCUGGAGACGCUGCUAUGAUAAACACCGCAGAAAAAUUACCAAUUUUUUAAUAGAAAAUAUAAUUAAAAUAUUUUAGUAGAAAAUCACCCAAGGGCCACAUUAAAGGUCUUGGGGGGCCGGAUCUGGCCCCCCGGGCCUUAUGUUUGACACCUGUGGCCUAUAGUCUGCAUGUUUUUAACGAUCUUA